AUGUCACAAUCACGUGAUACUUAUGAUGAUCGUCAACCCAUAUGGGAGAAGCGUCGGACGGAAAGGAGUGCAGAUACCAUCGUCCGUAAAAAGUCAAAGACGAAAGAAACUAGUGCACGUGGACCCCAGCGCUGGCCCCAACGGGCGAUAAGCCUAUGGGACCUUUAUUAUUACUAUAUUGACGAGCUAGAGCGAGGAAGUUCAUCACUUCAUCAUCGUCAUCAUUUUUACAGCGUGCUUGUUACGACCUGUGGACAUGACCAUAACUUGCAACCUUAUGGACGUUGA